UACACUGGAGUGGUGCUUCCCUGCAGCAUGGGGCUGUGAUUGUGAUGUGUGCUUUAAUGUAGUUGUAGUUUGGUACCUCUUGUUCUGGAGGUGUGCUUUUACGUUUUGAAGAGCAGAAGAGAGAAGCUCUAGAAGUAGUCAGCAGAGCCAGAGUCACGCACAUACAGUGCUUCUGCUGAUCCAAGUAAGAUCUGCAGGCAGGCAAGCAAGCAGGCAGGCAGGCACAGGCUGUCGCUUACAGCUUGGGACUAAUCUGAAAGCGUUUACCCAGCCAUGGCUACUUCUCCGUGCAGCAGCAGUGGGGUCUCCUCUUCAUCCUCCUCCGGAUUCAGCAUGGACACUGGGCUGGAGAUCAAAACCAAAUCCGUGGAGCAGACUCUCAUCCCUCUGGUAUCUCAGAUAACAACACUUAUCAACCAUAAAGAAAAACCAAAGAAAUCAGAGAAGACUUUGCAGGCAAUUCAGCGGGUUGGCCAGGCUGUCAAUCAAGCUGUGGCGAGGUUUGUAACUGUGGGAGAAACGAUAGGCAAUGAAAACCGUGAGCUGAAAGAGGAAAUGACCUUUGCCUGCAUUGAGGCCAGACGAGCAGGUGAAACUAUUGCCCAACUGACAGACAUGAGAAUUGGGGAAUGUCGAGAUCCUGAUGGACGGGUUGCCAUUUUUACUGACAAGAUGGGAGUGGUAAAAGCAGCCAGACUUCUUCUAUCCUCCGUUACUAAGGUCCUGGUGUUGGCUGACAGGAUUGUUGUUAAGCAAAUUAUCACUUCGAGAAAUAAGGUACUGGCAACAAUGGAGCAACUUGAAAAAGUAAACAGUUUUCAGGAGUUUGUGCAGAUAUUCAGUCAGUUUGGUAAUGAAAUGGUGGAGUUUGCUCAUCUCACCGGGGACAGGCAAAAUGACUUGAAAAAUGAGAAGAAAAAAGCCAGCAUGGCCGCAGCCAGAGCGGUGCUUGAAAAAUGUACUAUGAUGUUACUCACAGCUUCCAAGACUUGCCUCAGGCAUCCGGAUUGUGAAUCAGCCCGUAUUAAUAAAGAAGGUGUCUUUCAAAGAAUGAGACUGGCUUUGGAGCAGGUGAUAGAAAUUGUAACCGAUUCCCGACCGAACGAAGAACCCGAAAUAGCGCCUAUCAGUAUUUAUACAGGCAUCAGAGAGUUUAAGAAUAAAGUUGAAGGACUUAGGGAAAAUCUGUAUUUCCUUUCCAAAGAGAAUCUCUCCACUAUGCUUGAAGUUAUUUUGGAGCAUACAGAGGACUUCACAGACUCGGCCUAUACCAGUCACGAGAACAGAGCACGUAUUCUGGAGCUGUCUAACCAGGCCAAGAUGGAGCUAGAACAGCUGGUUUCAGUGUGGAUGCAAGCUCAAACCCAAAAGACAAAGGACAUUAUGGAAGAUUUAGAAAUAGCUAUACUGAAAACAUGUCAGUGUAUUAUGGACCUGAGGAGGGAACUUCACAGUUCAGCUACAAUACUGGCAGCCGACUUGUUAAAAUUCCAUGCAGACCACAUGGUCCUGAAAGCGCUAAAGAUUGCGGGGGCAGAAGGAAACCUAGAAGCGGUGGCUGAAUAUACAUGCAAGCUAUCUGAACAGAAGGAACAACUUGUUGAAAGCUGUCGGUUGUUGAGACAUGUUUCAGGCACGGAACCACUGGAAAUUACAUGCAUUCAUGCAGAAGACACCUUUCAGGUGACUGGUCCACAGAUUGUGUCUGCUGCAGAAACAUUGGCUCUUCACCCGACCAGUAAAAUUGCAAAAGAAAACCUUGACGUUUUUUGCGAGGCCUGGGAGUCUCAAAUGAGUGAUAUGUCCAUUCUCCUGCGAGAAAUUAAUGAUGUAUUCGAAGGGAGGCGAGGAGAGAAACGAGCCUAUCUUUCACUUCCAAGACCAGGGAAGCAUAGCGGGAAUUUGAAAACAUUGAAGCCGAUGAAGCUAGAUGUGGAGGAACAAGGAAAAAUUGCCAAGUUGGGACUAGAGUUACGUUUGCUAACAUCAGACGUUGACUCAGAGACUGAAAAAUGGGACGAUCAAGAGAAUGAAGUGGUUAGAAAUGGGCAGACCAUGUCCAGUAUGGCUUACACCAUGUACUUAUUCACCAGGGGUGAGGGGUUACUCAAGACCACUCAAGAUUUAUUUCAACAAGCUGAGGUUUUUGCUGCUGCUGGUUUGAAGCUGUCUUCGGUACUCCAUGCAUUUUCAAAUCAGCUUGAAGAUGACGACAAGCCUUUGCUUCUGUUGGAAAUUGAAAAGCUCGUUCCUCUGAGCCAGCAGCUGCAGAUGACAGCCAGGACGCCCGUUCAGGGAAAAGCUGCCACUUUUACCAAGGUUGAUGCAUGUAUUCAGAAAUCAAAAGCUAUCAUGAUGAUUAUAUCCCAAGUUCUCCCAAUCUGCUGCAAGCUGCUACGGAAGUGCAAAGCAGGUAAUGGAUGUUAUCGGAGCCCACAGCUAUGGAGGGAAAAUAAGAUACAGAAUGUCACCCAUGAAGACAGCCUAGAUGGAAAAUCCGUAGAAGCUUUCGGAGUAAAGUCUUUGGAACAUCAUGUAGCUAAUCUGACGUUUUUGGAAAGCAAGUAGUUUACAAUAUAUAUAUAUAUAUAUAUAUAAUAUAUAUAUAUAUAUAUAACCCACAGGGCAUCAGAUGGGCACUGGAGUUCAAAUGCCUAAACUUAGUGCAUAUUAAUGACAGGCAGGGCAGGUUCUGCAAAGAGCAGGGGAAAACGGGACAAUAGAAGUUGACAUCUGAAUAUUUGUUGUACUUUUUCUCAUCAUCCUAUUUGUUACCACUGUACUUAUUGCAGAUUUGUAAGUCGAGUUAAACCAACGGUGAAUGUUUUUGUUCUUCUCGCUCAUUACAAUUUUAAUGCUCAAUCAAAAUCUCUGUUGUGAAUGUCUUAUUGGAAACCUUUUAUCCCAAAGAUGCUGCUAUGGUUUGUAUUAUUGUAAUAUGCAGAAUAUGGUGUCCAUUUGAUAUGUUUCAAUCUGCUACCAACAUUUGUCAUCCUUGCUGGGUUUUGCUUUAUCAUACGUAAUGUAUCUGUUUACCUGUAUCAGGGCAAUGAUUGCUGGGCUGAAGUCCUAAUCAGCGGUCCUUGUUCACAAAGAAAACAGCACACUUUCGUCACAACUUGCACCUCUGCCACUUUUUGGACAAUUUGAGCAAAAUAUGUGUUUUAUUGUAAAUUUGCUGCUGGAAUCUUUAAAAUUAUUCGAGGCAACUUCCUCAGAGAGAACUAUUUUCAGAUUUAGUUUGAUUAGAUAGAAGAAAAAAAAAAGGAUCACUGUGACUUAAGGUUGGUCAUUAUUAUUUUUUGGAAACCUUAGCUGCUGGGUAUGCUGGCCACAAUGAAAGCAUUGUAGACUUCUUAAAAGUUUUUAAUGUUGUCACGCCUGUAGAUUUGCUGAUUUCACUAUUAACUUUCUCUUAUUCAUAGGUUUUGAGAUGCAUGUCAAAAAUAUUUUCUCAGAAUGUAUACCAUAUUUAAGUUUCAUGAAAAUGUCGGUUUUUUACAUUAACAUUUACAAUGUAAGAUUCUAUUUUUAAAAUAAAAUUGUAAUGAAUCUUAA